AUGCUCACCAGCAGUAGCACAAUCAGUCAAACUGCAUUAUUGAACAACUUGCCAGUCCUGAUAAACAGCAGCUUGAAAGCAUCGGAUGGGAAACUAAGUCCAUGGCUGCAAGCUCUAGCAACUUUGGUGGGUGCGGUCUACAAAAAGUACAACGUCGAACUGGCAGGAAUGUUGAAUUAUGUCAUGAAUCAACUGAAGAAUGAAAAAAGCUUUGAUCUCCUUGUUCUGCGUGAAGUCAUCCAAAAUAUGGCGUGUAUUGAGGGCGUAGCUGGAGCCACAGCUGAGCAGUUGGAGGCGUUGGGAGGUGGCGAACUGUUGAGACAAGAGGUACUGAUUUAA